GCGCUUGUUUAUUUAUUUAUUUAUUAUUAUUAUUUUUUUUUUUCUUAAAGUUAUACUUGUUGCUUCUCAUUUCGCGUGGGAGUGAUUUUGACCAUUCGCUUUCCCAACCGGAACUCUUCUCUCCGACCUAUAAUAUCCAGUUUUUCAGUUCCGAGUGGAGUCUCUAUAAGAACAUCGUUAUUGUUCACUCAUCCAAGCCCUGAAGGGUUAUCUUCACGUUGCACCACGGUCUCGGUGGCCGGAGCAAAAUGGGCGAUCCAAACACUUCACAAGACCCCGAACGCUUGUCGCGACACGCCACUCGUCGGUCUGCUGCAACGUCGGCCACGAAAUCAAGAUGGUGGCGUAUACAUUUCUUCCGUGGCAUGAUCCACGACAUCAAGAGGAGAGCUCCGUUCUUCAUAAGCGAUUGGACCGAUGCUUGGGACUAUCGAGUGGUUCCGGCAACGGUUUAUAUGUUCUUUGCGAACAUCCUGCCGGCCCUGGCCUUCUCACUGGAUAUGUUUGAGAAAACUCACCAGAACUAUGGCGUGAACGAAGUGUUACUUUCAUCAGUGCUUGGGGCAGUUGUUUUCUCAUUAUUCGCUGCACAGCCGCUCGUCAUUGUUGGUGUUACUGGUCCGAUCACAGUCUUCAACUACACGGUUUAUGAUAUCAUAGCACCGCGAGGCACCAAUUACCUGGGCUUCAUGGCAUGGAUAGGAAUUUGGUCCCUGAUUAUGCACUGGAUCAUCGCCAUCACUAACAUGUGUAAUGGAUUGACGUACGUCACCCGUUUCUCAUGCGAUAUUUUCGGUUUCUAUGUCGCGUUUGUCUAUCUCCAGAAGGGUAUCCAGGUUCUCACCCGACAAUGGGGAUCAGAUGGGGAGACAUCCGCAUAUCUCAGCAUCAUGGUCGCAUUGUUAGUUCUCAUGAGUGGCUGGGUCUGCGGUGAAAUCGGCAAAAGCAGCCUCUUCCAUCGUUGGGUUCGGAAGUUCAUCGAAGACUACGGCACCGUACUGACUAUCGUCUUCUUCACGGGUUUUGUUCACUUCGGACAUAUGCGUGAUGUGAGCGUCUCGACUCUUCCGAUCAGUAAAUCCUUCUUCCCCACGGCGGACCGUGGCUGGUUGGUGCGCUUCUGGGAUCUUAGUGUUGGUGAUAUCUUCCUCGCCAUCCCCUUCGCAUUGCUUUUGACCAUCCUGUUUUACUUUGACCACAAUGUCUCCUCUCUCAUUGCACAAGGCAGCGAAUUUCCCCUGCGCAAACCCGCCGGAUUCCACUGGGACAUGUUCCUCCUAGGAAUUACAACAGGAGUAGCAGGAAUCCUGGGCCUCCCAGCCCCGAACGGACUGAUCCCCCAAGCACCAUUCCACACAGCCUCGCUAUGUGUAACCCGACAAGUCGCAGACGAGAACGAAGAAAACAAGGGCAAAGUGGUCCGAGUGAUAGACCACGUCGUCGAACAGCGCUUCAGCAAUCUAGCUCAAGGAAUAAUGACGCUAGGCACCAUGUCCGGACCACUGCUCAUUGUCAUCCAUCUGAUCCCGCAGGGCGUCUUAGCCGGACUCUUCUUCGUCAUGGGCGUUCAAGCACUCGAGGGAAAUGGUAUUACCCAGAAGCUGAUUUUCCUGGCCCAAGAACACGGGUUCACCGCUUCAUCGCAUCCUCUGAAGCGUUUGGAACGACGCUGGUCCAUCUGGCUGUUUGUGGUUGUUGAACUUAUUGGUUUUGGUGGCACCUUUGCCAUCACCCAGACUAUCGCUGCUAUUGGGUUUCCGGUUAUUAUCCUGUUGCUUAUUCCUGUCCGGGCGUUCUUGUUCCCCUGGCUUUUCUCCGCAGAGGAGCUUAACGCUCUGGAUGCUCCCACAGCUAGUCCGUUCACUAUGGAAAGUGUGGGAGGUGUGCAUGGCUACGACGAGGAAUUGCCUAGUCCAGACCCGACGAAUGAGAAAGGUCCCACCGGAGGCGCCAACAACAGCAGCAGUGGGAGACCGGGGAAUUCAUCCCAGGGGCUGGGAGAGAGCGACCUCGAACGAGGCGAUUUCCUUGAGCUACAGGAUGAUUCGGACGCUACACGGAGACGAAAGCAUGACUCAUCUGUAUAAGAGCAUGGGAAGCAUCGAUUUCAAAGCAAUACUAUCUCGGUCCGCACGGAAUAGACUAGACAUCGUUUCCGGACAAUGCAUAUAGAAAAAUCUUACAGGGAUCCCGAAUGGUCAUCACCUGUCUAUAGUUAAUUCAUACUACUUAAUAGAUUCUA